AUGGACACACACUACGAAGGAGGGAGCAAAGGCGACCCGGUGCAGAUUACGGAAGAUGAAGCAGCUGUUUAUGACCGUCAGAUACGAUUAUGGGGCCUUGAAGCUCAGCAACGAAUGCGAAAUGCCACCAUCUUGGUUAUCCGACUGCGGGGCACCGCGACAGAAGCAAUCAAAAACAUCGUUUUGGCAGGGAUAGGGAAACUUGUCAUUUACGACUCAGAAGAAGUUAAGGAGGAGGACUUGGGAGCUGGCUUCUUUUUCAGAGAUGAGGAUGUGGGGAAAAAGAGAGUAGAUGCCGCAAAGGCUCGAAUAGAGGCACUGAAUCCACUUGUUACAGUGCAAGCCCUGAGACAUCCAACGCUUCUAGAGCAGGGGUCUUUAGAAGCCCUCAUUAUGAGCGUUGAUCUAGUUUGCGUGACGGAUUGGGACCGCGAAGCCUUGAUUAAGAUCAACGACAUCUGCCGGCAGUUUGGGAAGCCGUUCUAUGCUGGUGGUACAUUUGGCUUGCUCGGUUACGUCUUCUGUGAUCUGCUCAAGCAUGAUUAUAUUUCUCCUGACCGAUCGGCACCCAAAGAAGCACCAAAGAAUGUGAAAGCGACUGCAUCCUACUCACGGCUGUCGACGGCUUUGCAGCAUCGGUGGACAGGUCUGACAAAACGCCAGACAAAGGAACUCAACCCCGCCGUGGUGCACAUCAUUCUAGCCCUUUGGGAGUAUCAACAUAUCCAUGAAGGCAAACUUCCAGAUGACAUUGACGCAACCUCUGAGCUAGGGCAAAUAGCCAAUUCUAUCCUCGCUUUGUCGGACGUUAACCGACAAGUUCUGACUUCAGUUCCUCCGGAUUUGAUUGAUGCAAUGAGCACAUCAGCUGUGCACGAGUUUUCGCCGACAUGCGCAGUUGUUGGAGGGAUCUUGGCGCAGGAUAUUUUGAAAGCUCUCGCCGCUCGAGAAGCGCCGAUAGCAAACUUUUUCACGUUCGAUGGAAACACAGGUGGUGGAUCGGUAUGUAGGAUGAAGAUGUAGUUGAUACUGUUGGACCAUACGUGAUGUUUGUUUAAUUAUCAUCACCACGGCAAUAUUGUCGAAGCGUGGUGUUACAAUUUCAAAGCAGGCUGGGCAUGCGUGUAGCGUG